UUGAUAGUGUAGACACUAAGCGUUGCUUUGAAAAUUUGUUAUAAAUAUUUGUUUACUCUAAUUAAAUGAUUUUAUACAAACGGUCUUUAAAAAAUAUAAAUUAUCGUGAUGGCAUAUUAUAAGUUAAAACUAUUGUGUAGAUUCUUAUAGGCUAAAAUAAUAUAAAAAAAUAAUAAUAAGAACUUACCAAUGGACCUACAAUGUGAUUGAAAACGAUGCUCAAAUACCACUAAAAGUUUAUACACAAAUUUUUUAUAAAAACAUUAACAAAUAUGUUGCGAAAAAACUUUUAUUUUCCGGAAUUCCUGAUAAUAAUUUAUGGCCUGUGCAUUAUUACCAUAUUCAGUUCGCAACUCGGUUCCGUAGACUGCGCUAAAGAAAUGCCGGCUCAGAUGUCCUUUCAUUCAAAUGACAUUGUCGCCCAAUUUAACCUUCCCCCAUUAUCGGCACCUUCAGCAACAUAUAACUAUGGAAACCGUACAAAUGGAAAUAAUAUAGAUAGUGAUAUAAAUUCUCAGUUAAAAAACUAUUUUACACAUCUGAGCUUUGAUUUAAUGCACAAUGUCUUGUUUGCGGGAGCCACGAAUAAAAUACUCAAACUUAAUGAAAACCUUCGAGUGCUUGCUGAAGCUGUAACUGGACCCGUUAAUGAUUCUCCUCAGUGCCACGCAGGAGGCUGUCCAGAGGAUAUUGAGACAUCGCUGGUCAAUAAUUACAAUAAAAUUCUUGUAGUCAGCUAUACUGACGAUGGCAUUCUUAUAUCGUGUGGCAGCAUUCGGCAAGGGGCCUGUGAAAUUUACAGCCUGCCAAGGUUUCCAGCGACACCUCAGUUUUUUGCAGUGCCAUUGGCUGCCAACGAUGAAAAUGCAUCCACAUAUGCAUUUGUAGGUCCUGCAAGAUAUUCGUGGAAAGAGGAGGAUAUUUUAUAUGUCGGAACCACAUUUACAAAUGUUGGUGAUUAUCGCCAUGAUGUGCCUGCGAUUUCAUCCCGUCGUCUUGAUGAUCUAAGUUAUGCGGAAUUUUCAAUACAGCAGUCAAUUAUAAAUAUUGAUGUCAAAUAUCGGGAUCAUUUUUUAGUCGAUUAUGUAUAUGGCUUUAAUUCUUCUGAAUACGCAUACUUUAUUAUUGUUCAAAAAAAGUCACAUUUAGCUGAUGAGGCAGGUUACGUAACCAGAUUGGCUCGUAUAUGUAUUACCGAUCCUAAUUAUGACAGUUAUACUGAAAUAACUGUUCAAUGUACAGCUACUGAAAAUAAUAUUGAUUACAACAUAUUACGCGAUGCUAAGCUUACACCGGCCAGCCUAAAGUUAGCUCAAAAAAUGGGCAUAAAAAAAGACGACCACGUAUUAGUAACCGUCUUUUCGCCUUCGAAAGAGAUAAGCGAUCAGCCAGAAAGAAUGUCGGCAAUGUGCAUAUAUAGUAUAAAAGAUAUUGAAGACAUGUUUAUAGAAAAUAUCCAUCUAUGCUUUAACGGAACUAUAAAGGAUCGAAAUUUGGGUUAUAUAUCGGGCACUAUUAAUGAUGGGAGAUGCCCAUUGGUUGGUUCGCUCGGUAACAUUUAUAAUUUUUGUUCUGUAGGACUUAAAAUAAGCGGAGUAUCCCCAAUCACUGCCCGUGCUCUCUUUCACUUUAAUAACGUGUCCGUAACAUCCGUGACAGCUACUUCAACGACUGAUCAACAACAUUCUCUUGCUUUUCUUGGGACCGACAUGGGAGUAAUCAAAAAAGUUUUAUUAUCUGGCCAAAGUCCAGGUGAGUACGAAGAAAUUGUGGUGGAUGCUGGAAACCGUAUACUACCAAAUACUAUGAUGUCUUCCAAAAAAGAUUUUCUUUACGUACUAUCCGAACGUAGAAUUACAAAGCUUAGAAUUGAGCACUGUUCUGUGUAUACAAAUUGUUCAGCUUGCUUGGAGUCCCGGGAUCCUUUUUGUGGAUGGUGUUCUUUGGAAAAACGAUGCACCGUACGGUCAACUUGUCAACGAGAUACAUCUGCGUCACGAUGGCUUUCAUUGGGCAGUGGGCAGCAAUGCAUUGAGUUUGAAUCUAUUAUCCCAGAUAAAAUACCAAUUACCGAGAUUGCACACCUGAAUUUAAUAAUUCGAACACUACCCGAACCCUUUAAUGCAAAAUACCGAUGUGUUUUCGGAAACUCUACCCCAAUUGAUGCUGAAAUUCUGGAUAAUGGACUCGGAUGUGCUACGCCCCCACUAGAUGAAAGACCAGUAAUACCUAGUAAUACUGACCAUGUGUUGGUACCAUUAUCAGUAAGAAGUUCGGAGACAAAUAAGGACUUUGUAUCAAGAUAUUUUGCAUUCUUUGAUUGUUCACAUCAUGGAAACUGUCAGGAAUGUCUGCACAGCUCCUGGGGCUGCAAUUGGUGUAUUUUUGACAAUAAGUGUGUCCACAAAUCAUUAAAAUGCCGUAAUGUGGAAAAUGCUGUAAGUAGUGUUGGCCAAUGCCCCCACCUAAAAAAGAUUCGACCGGCAAUUCUUUUACCGGUACGAGUGCCGAAAGAAAUUCGGCUAGAAAUUGAAAACUUACCAAAACCCAAAAGCGUUCAUGCUGGUUUUUUAUGUACGGUACAUAUAGAAGCCGCUCAGAUGCUAUUGCCUGCGCAUAUUGAAUCAAACAAAAUUGUUGUUUGUGAAAAAACACCUUAUUUUUAUGAGACCAAUAUACAUGAAUACCAGGCCAAGGUUGUAGUUACAUGGAAUUUUCAGCACUAUGUGGACACCGCAGUUGUUACAUUGUACAAGUGUGACGUACUCGGUUCACAUCGGGAUCAUGCUGAUUGCAGCUUGUGUGUAACUCGUAAUCCCAAAUACAAAUGCGCUUGGUGCGGCAACUCAUGUGUAUAUAAUGAGACUUGCGUAUCUGACCAAACCUCUAUUAGCACGGAAUAUAAAAUGGGUAUGGGUGUAGAAAAAAAUGAGUGCCCCUUACCAAGGAUCGAUAUUAUUAAACCGUUAUCUGGACCAAUUGAAGGAGGUACUCUUAUUACAAUCGAAGGAAGUAAUUUGGGUAUUCGCGAAGAUGAUGUGCGAGGAAAAAUAUUUAUCGGAUCUGUGCCGUGUGAACUAGUUAAUUACGAAAUAUCAGUAAAAAUUGAAUGCCGCACUGGAGCUGUGAUGUAUGAAAUGUCAGCCCCUAUAAAAGUGGCGAAUGAAGCAGGUUAUACUGAAUCAAGUGUACAGUUUCAUUUUAAGAAUGUGCUGUUAACAGGAUUAUAUCCACCAAUGGGACCCCGGUCGGGGGGAACACAAUUGUCAUUGAUAGGAAAAUUUUUGAACAUCGGGUCAACAAUGCGGGCAUUUUUAGAUGAAUAUGAGUGUCAUAUAAAUGUUACUCAAGCUUCAUCAUCCCAAGUAAGCUGUACUACAUCAGAGGCUACACAGCCAGAACCAAUACGAUCUCUCCACCUUGUUAUUGAUGGUGCCAACAGAACAUUAGAAUGCCAGGUUUCGUCCUCAACCUUUACUAAUCGGAACACAGCACGAAAUAAUUUUGGUUCUUAUCAAUUCCGUACGCCACCACGGCAGUCCUGUUCCAUUUUUAACUAUACUCAGGACCCGCGAAUAAUGCAAAUUAAGCCUUUGCGUAGUUUUGUUAGUGGUGGUCGCGUACUGACUGUUCAUGGAAUAUAUCUCGACUCAAUUCAAAAACCAGAACUGGAAGUUUUUUUUGACAAUGAACGAGUGAACAAAACGUCAUGCGUAGUCAUUAGCUCAAAUCAAAUGGAAUGUCCAUCGCCUCCAGUAAAUCAUAAAUUUUGGACAAGUAGAACUAUCAACAGAGUGCCGAAUUCAGAAUUGGACUUCAAAAACUCUUCGGCUGCAACUGAUAGUGGAUUCAAACAUGAAUUUGCUAGGCAAAAGCGAAGAGUGGACUUAGUGGACAAUUUUCACAUAUACACAACAGGAGAAACUGCUUCUAACUAUUUCGUCAAUAAUAAUAUGGAUGUUACAACUUUUGUAAAGGUUCAUGAAACUCAACUGAAUUUACAACUCAGUUUUGUUAUGGACAAUGUACAGCUCGUUAGAGACUUAAAUAAAUAUUUUCAUGAUAUUAGGAGCACCAUCGUUUAUUUAGCCGAUCCAAAAUAUUUUCCAUUUCCCAACGACGGCAUUAAACUAUAUAAGGGUGACAGCUUGGUCAUAGAAGGCGAGCUUUUAAAUUUGGCAGCUGAUGAAUAUGAUGUUAAUGUAACUAUUGGUACCAUUCAAUGCAAUAUUACCAGCCUGGCUCUUACCCAACUUUUAUGCAUUCCGCCUGAGCAUCAACCACUCCCAACUGAUGAAAAUGGCGUGGAUCAAUCGACUGAUCUACCGCUAGUUGUUGUUAAAGUUGGACGAAAUUUGCGUUUUGUAAUUGGUUAUCUGAAGUAUGAUUUAAAUAAGCCAUAUGUUUUUUCUCAUGCUUUGUUUGUCGUUAUGUUCACGGUAGCCUUUCUUGUUAUUAUUCUAGUUAUAAUACUUAUAAUAUUUAGAAGGAAAUCAACACAAGCAGAACGUGAGUACAAACGCAUUCAGAUUCAGAUGAUUACAUUGGAAAGCAACGUACGUUCAGAGUGUAAACAGGCUUUUGCUGAGCUACAAACUGACAUGACCGAUCUAACAGCAGAUUUGGAGAGCACCGGUAUACCAACGUUAGAUCACGUUAACUACAUAAUGAAAGUGUUCUUUCCCGGUGUCUCAGAUCAUCCAAUUUUAAAUUCUCAGAAGUUUCGCGAAAAUAACCACCACACAAACUAUGACGCUGCUAUGGUGCAAUUUGAGCAACUAAUUGGAAACAAAUAUUUUUUACUAAUGUUUAUAGAAACAUUAGAAGCCCAACGGUCGUCAUUUUCCAUACGGGACAGAGUCAACGUAGCCUCUUUACUUAUGGUUGUUUUAAUGAACAAAAUGGAAUAUGCCACCGAAAUUCUAAAGUCCCUUCUAUUGCGUUUAAUAGAUAAAUCACUUGCAAGCAAGCAUCCUCAUUUAAUGCUAAGACGCACUGAAAGCGUUGUUGAAAAAAUGUUAACCAAUUAUUUAGCAAUAUGUAUGUAUGACUACCUAAAAGAGUACGCUGGAAACAAUUUAUUUUUGUUGUUCAAGGCAAUAAAGCAUCAAAUUGAAAAGGGCUUAGUGGACGCAAUAACCAAUGAUGCUCGUUAUUCACUUUCAGAAGAACGGCUUCUGCACGAACAAGUUACCCAUUCUGUUGUUAUAUUGCACAUUUUACAAGAUGAUCUUGAUGAGAAAGUCCAAUGUCGCGUAAACGAUUGGGACACCAUUUCUCAAGUCAAGCUUAAAAUUCUAGACGCAAUUUUUAAAAAUACUCCGUUUUCAAUGAGACCUUCUGUACACGAAGUUGACUUAGAAUGGAGGCACGGGCGAGGAGGUCAUCUCACAUUACAGGAUGAAGACUUAACUACAAAAACUAUUAACGGAUGGAAACGCCUAAAUACAUUGGCUCAUUAUGGAGUUAAGGAAUCGGCUGUAAUGUCACUAAUAGCAAGACAAAAUGAUAAUUACCAUAUACCCUACACUAAACAUCAAAAUACGGCACCAUACCACAAUUUUUAUUUUAUAAAUAAUUCUCAAAGCCAUAUUAUAAUUAAUAAUGACAUCGAGUCAGGGUUGCAGCAGCCUCGACUGUACCACCUUAUAAAACCAACAAUGCCUGACCAUUAUAUGAACAUUAAAAAUUCUGUCUUGUCUGGAACCUCUCCAGGAUUGCAAUCUUCCCAUUGUGGAAAUAAUUGUAAUGAGAGGGUAAACAAAACGAUACCAGAAGUGUACCUAACACGUCUUUUGGCCACUAAGGGAACUAUACAAAAAUUUGUUGAUGAUUUCUUCUCAAUUAUUUUAACUGUUAAUGAGGAAUUGCCACCUGCAGUUAAAUGGCUUUUUGAUUUACUAGAUGAGGCUGCGCGACGUCAUGAUAUUGGCGAUACUGACAUAGUACACGCCUGGAAAUCAAAUUGUUUGCCCCUUCGUUUUUGGGUUAAUUUUAUAAAGAAUCCAGAUUUUAUAUUUGAUGUAAAUAAAACAUUUUGUGUGGAUUCUUGUUUAAGUGUCAUCGCGCAAACUUUUAUGGAUGCCUGCUCAACAUCAGAGCACAGACUUGGAAAAGAUUCACCGUCUAACAAGUUGCUUUUUGCGAAAGAUAUUCCCAACUAUAGAAUUAUGGUUAAGGAAUUUUACCGCGAUGUGUCAAGGCUUCCACAAAUAAGCGACCAAGAAAUGAGUACAGCUAUGCAACAACUUUCUGUUCGGCAGAACGAUGAAUUUGAUACAAUUUCUGCACUAAAAGAGUUAUAUAUUUAUAUAACCAAGUAUAAGGAUCAGAUUAUGGAAGCACUUGAAACCGAUAUAAACUGCAGGAAGAUGCAUCUUUCCCGAAAAUUAGAAAAUGUCGCCGGUACUCUCGAUGGUGACGGAACAUCUAAUUGCUGACAUACAUAUGACAUUUUAGGAAUUGUAAGGACUUUAAAUUACACUAAAUUUAAUUUUUUUUAAGGCCAAGAAUGUUUUAUAUAGUCAGUUUAUAAAAAAGUGCAUUUCUUUUUAAUUUAAGAAAAGUACCGAAGCCAUGCUUUGUAAUAUACUACAAAAAAGGCAGAAUAUUGCUGUCAAAGGACUAAAUAUUCUUGACUCAAAUUAUGAAUACAGCCAUGUCAACCUUUUAUUUGUAAUUGGAUUUUUAGUAUGGGAGUAAGUAUGGCAGCACGAUAUUAACCACUCUAAUUUCUUUAGAGCUGUGAAUAAGUAUUUCUGAACAAUAAAUGUUAGCUAUAGCCUAGUAAAAUCAUUGGUAACUAGUUCUUGGAUGUAGAUUUUUUUGUAAAUCUAAUUAAAUUGUAAUUAGCUCCUCAGUAUUGGUAAAAGCAAAAAUUUUAUUUAAGAAUUUAUUUUGCACAUUGACUUACCCUCCAUUUUUUUAAAGGAAAAUAAGUUCUUUGAUAUUUUUUAGGUGUGCGCGAUAAUUGAAAACGAAAUGAGAUUAUUAGCGUCUGUUAUACCGCUUAUAAGGAGUUGACUAGGUUAUUUAUGUAAAUCAAGUUCAGAUCUUUUGUCAUAUUAAUUCUAUAGAAUCUGUGUUUUUGUGCAUAUAUCAUCGUUUAUAUAAAUUUCUAUUAAGUAAAGAACUGAUAAAUGUAUCUAUCAUUAAUAAUUUGGUGUAUUCAAAAUAAGCUAAAAAUGUUAAUAAAUAUAUUAAUAAUAUUCAUCUAAGUGCUUAAAACAUGAAUGAAAUUGGUAGUUCCGGAUUUACACCAUGUGCUCUCUGUGCUUAGGCACUGGGCGCUAAAUUUUUUGAGUGCGGUAAAAUUAAAAUCGAAAAACAAAAAUUCUUGUAAAGAAAUUAAAUAAAUUUUAGCUCGUCUGAAGCUUUUUUAACGGCGGUAAUGGGUUUAGGUAAUAUCCCCUGGUGAAGGGCAAAGACUGAUAGCACAAAACAACGAUAAGCCAAAACGGUUUUUUUAUAUUUUCAAGUGUUUUUUAAUUUAGAAUUUCUAUAUGUAUAUACAUUUUAAAACAAAAAGGGUCAAUUUAUUUAGAAAACAGAGAAAGGAUAAGAUCGCUAAGAUUCUGAAUGUUAUAUUAUUUAACCAUAUUAUUACGUUAUUAUUAUAUUAUUUAUUGUUUCGGGGAGUUCAACGAAUUUGCACCUUUAAUUAUUAAAAUGAAUUAAACACACAAUAGGUUUAUUUGUGUAGAGACAGUUUUUUAUUGUUAAAUGAUUGGUAGUGGAAGACAAUGGUGACGAACCUACCUCUAACUUACCAAGGGGUUACCAACUAACUCAAGCUUCUGCUGUUACCAAUAUGGUGGCCAGGCGACUGGGAAAAGGUAUUGGCGGUCUUAGUUCAAAGAUAGGAACUGGAAGUUGGUUUUAGAAGCUGAUAGUAUUUUUAAUACUUUUGGAAAUCACCGUUUUAAUUUAUUUAAUUUCUCCCAAUUUUUUUUAAAUAAAUUUAUUGUAUAUUUCUUAAAUAUUUAAGAUGCCAAUAUUGAUAUACACGUAAACAGCUUCUAAAAGGACCUCAAACCCUUUGUCAAUAAGUUUUAAACCAAAAGUUAAAUUAUUUAGCUACUUUAUUAUAGGAAACCCAUUACUAUUAAUUCAGCUUCUUUAGGGUUAUAUAAAGGUACAAUAUCCACCCUAUUUCUUCUUUAUUAAAAAUAACGUAUAAAAUCAACUUAUUCUGAACAAAUCAUAAAUAUUUAUAUGUUUUUUUUAAAUAUUUCGAUAAUACUUGCUUCUCAUAACUGAAAAUAAAGUUGUUACCUGACAAAACUUGCUUUCUCUAUAAAAUUCAAUAUAUUAUCUAAAGUUGUCCUAUCUGAACACAUCAUUUUGGCUUAUCAGAUGGUUGAAAAACUCCCGCUAAUGGUCAAUAUGUAACUUUCAAGUAAAGUUGGGAUUGGUCUUUAAAGAUUUAAUAGAAAGGUAAUUGUUUCAUUUGUUGGCUCAACCACAAUGACUAUCCCCAAUAAUUCUGAAAUUAACACUUUCUUUACAGUCAGAAUAUUAAAUUGCUGAGUUACUACCUGUUAAUAGAUAUAUGAAUAAAACUGCAUAUUUGCUUUUA